AUGUCGGUCAGAUCGGUACUACUCACUGGUCUCGUUAAGGCACUUCUUGUGUACACAGCAGCCGCCGUCACCUUCGCUGUCCCGGCGACACCUCCAGUCAACGCAAGCAAGCAACUUCUGCCGGCCCCUAUUGGUGUCUCCAUCGAGUUUUUCGCAUGGCCGGGAUACGCAGACCUUGCCUCCACUGAGCAGUGUCUCCAAAACUUUCAAGCUCUCACAGGCACAUGGCCGCCGCUCAGAAUCGGUGGCACGACUCAAGAUCGCGCAACGUACAAUGCUUCUUCACCGAGUGAGGUCAUGUACACAAUCGCAAGUCCUUCCGACGCUCCUGCAUCAUUGACUUACGGCCCCUCUUUCCUGUCCCUGGCUGGAACAUACAACGGCAGUGUGAUUCUAGGGCUCAACCGGCAGCUUAACAAUCUCAGCAACACAAUCUCAGCCGCCAAAAAGGCUGUGGCAGAGAUCGCAAAUUUGGACGCCAUAGAGCUUGGCAAUGAACCUAACUUCUACUCCAGCUCGUCGCCUAUCAACACCAAUGGUGGCUCUUGGACCGCUUCGGACGACUUUGCCUCACAGGCUUCCUGGCAAGCUGCAGUUGGCGGCAAUCUAUCCCGAACGAACCUCGUCUCUGCUGGAGUGUACUUCAGCACGAGCGGGUUUAGUAUUCAGGGGCUCACUGCUGUCGAGGGCAAUUCGAAACAGUUCGUUAAGGACUACUGCUCCCAUAACUACCCACAAAGCCGAUCGACGGCAAACCUCCCGCAACUGAUGAACCAUAGCGCCAUUUCACAGCAAAUUGCUCCGUUCAAGGCUGAGAUUGCUGCUGCGAACUCGAAAGGGAAAGCGUAUAUCAUGGGUGAGACGAAUUCCGCUACACAAGGUGGAGGCGGAAUCAGCCCAAUGUUUGGAUCUGGCCUGUGGGUCAUGGACUAUUCUUUACAGCUGCUACAUCUGGGUACAGAAUCGCUCUAUUUUCAUCAAGGCACCAUCGGCAACUGUCCAUAUUGUUGGUGGGGCCGCUAUUCAAUGGGAGCACCCUACUACGGAGCCUACUUUGCCACUCUUGCUCUCGCUGGCGCAGACCAGAUUGCUCCACUUGAUGACUUUAACAGCACGUACGGGGGCUGGGCGAUCUACUCCAACGGCCAAAUCACCAAGGUGCUUUUGUAUAAUUCCGACUACUACGCCACAGGAACACGCUCUGCGCAGAUCUUCAACUUGACGGGACUUGUCGGCUGUUCCAGCGUACACGCGGUCAGAUUGACAGCGCCAUUCUCCACCUCGAGGCAAGACCAGGGACAGAAUCCAACAUUUGGCGGCCAGACUUUUCAAAACGGAACCUGUGCCAUUCAGGGCACGCCGCUACAAGAGACUACGACUGUGUCUGAUGGGAAGGCUUCAUUCACGGUUAAUGCCAGCGAGGCUUUACUAGUAUAUCUGUGA